UGCAUGUCCUUCAACCUUAAUCGUUCAAAUGGACGGGAAAUCCGAGACCGUUACUAUAUUUAGCAUCAUCAAACAUCGAGCUUUUACCGUUCAUUUUCCAGCUUGGUCCCGAGCGAUCACAUACAGCAAUGCUCCGCAUAUGUGCGCGCAUGACCAUGACCAAGUAUGCGGGCUUGACGUACAAGGACCAUGUUUAUCGGGAUAUAAAUCAAAUGAAAUGACGCCAAGACCUCGCGUUACCAGGUUCGAGAAUGUUGGCACAGGUUACCGGCUUUUAUACUCUACCGAGCCCCCGUCAAGUCCGCUCUUCUCGCCAAGGGCUGCGUUUGAGUUCAGAAGCCAACUGUGGAGGUACAAUACGUCUUGACUCUGCUGUCGUCGUUGAAUGCAGGGUACUCCAAGGAUGGGGCUUCCCGGCGUCUAUGGCCAUGGACCUAUAUCCCAUCGACGUACCUCCAAACGGCGUGUGAUCAGGUUGUUCUUCGCAUCAUGCAUCGGUCUCGUUUUGGUAUGGUUGGUAUGGUCUUAUGAGGCCGACGUUACGAAUUUCGGUGCACUCCAGGCUGGUGUCGUCGUUGGAUCAGAAAGCGACGUGAUGGUGGCAAAUCACGGCAAUGACGAGGCGAUCGCUCGGUGGAUGCCAGAGAAGCCUAAAGCUGAGGUUGUCGAACCGGAAAAACCAAUCAUUGAUUCGGUGCCGCCGAAUCCAUUCCAGUCGUCGACGGAGGAUGUGGUCGUGAUCCCUCCCACCAUGAAGGAUGAACCUGAAGCACAGAAGCCUGUCGAGAAGGCGGACGUCGAGGAUAAGGGAAAGCUAAAGUCAGACAACAAUCCCUCAGAUACGGAGAAAGCUGGCGAUGACGGCUCAGUCAUCUUCCCUCCAGGAAGAAUCGACGUGGUUGCGCUACAGGCGAAAGUGGAGGAGGCUCGGAGAAAGCUCGAGGGUGCCGUCCAAGAUGUCCAGGAAAGUAUAUCAGAGAAGAACAAGGGAAACGAAGCAAACCAGGCGCAUGGGAAUGAUGAUCAAUCGCACAAUCACAAAGACGAGAAACCCGUCAUUCCAGCAGAUUUACCAAAGCCGAAGGUGGUCAAGCCUUGGGAAGCCUGGGAGCAAUACGAAAAAUUCGAUCACUUUUCAGCGUUCAGCGAAGGCUCGAACAUCGCCAUCCACGACCCAUACCCCGACCCGUCUCUUCGCUGUCCAGGUCCUCGCGACAUCACCCUCCCGAACCUCAAUCACUGCAUCGACGGUCGCGUGGACGAACAUCCACCUCAUUUGAUGGGUUCAUACGCAGUUACCAACCUCUCCGAUCCUUGUUUUACUGUCGACCAGCGUUACGGUCCUUACACAGCGUUCGGCUUCCCAGAUAAACGACAACUUAACGACAUCGACUGGAAAGCCUCCAUCGACGCUUGUGUCGCUUCCAAGACUCCGACGCGACGUAUAGCUGUUAUGUUGAGAUCGUACGAUGGGUAUAUCUACGAACGCGACGACAUCCUCAACCUCCGAGCACUCCUGGCCGAACUCUGUCUCAACACGGGUGCUCAAUACGAUCUCCGAAUCUUACACGAAGUCAAAGAUGGAACCGCCAUCUUUGCCGACCCUGAGAGUUACCAACGCAAAGCCGAGGCUGUCGUACCAUCCGAGUUUAGAGGUCUCGUCGAUCUGUGGAGCUCGGACCAAAUGCGUUCGAUAUACCCUGGUUUGGCACGCGUGGAUAACUGGUUCGGUCGUCGUAGCUCGGGUCAGAUCAAUACGGCGCAGAGAGCGCAACAUGCGCCUUUGCAAUGGUUUGCUGUUCAUCAUCCCGAGUAUGAGUAUUUCUGGAAUUGGGAACUGGAUGUGCGCUAUAUCGGAAAUUAUUACGAACUGUUCUCCAAGGCUGAGGCUUUUGCACGGGCGCAACCGUGUACCAAUACGACGUGGAAGAACUCGGAGAAAUGGUUCUUCGAAGGCAUGACACCCUGGGAUACUGAUUCUUCAGACGAGGGGAUAGGAGAGGAGGCGGACUACAUCGCCUUUGGACCCAUCUUCGAUCCUCGCGGUUCAAGGUGGUACUUCGAAAGCGACAUCGUCAACUGGCCACUCGAACGAGAAACUCCCCGCCGCGCAUCAAUCAUCACAAACGGCCGUCUCUCCCGCCGCCUCCUUCUCGAAAUGCACCGCAUAAACAGCCAAGAACGACGUCACAUCAUGUGCGAAUCUUUCGGUCUCUCCGUCGCUUUCAUGAAUGACUGGAAAGCUGUCUACGUACCUCAUCCGCAGUAUCUAGAGAGGAAGUGGGAUGUCGGUGUCUUUCAGUCUGCCGUGAAUGAUAAGCAGUUCUUUCGACAUGAGUAUGAUAUGUGGUUGACGACGUAUUAUUUUGAUGCACAUUUUGCGAAGAAACUUUAUGACGGGUGGAGGAAGGAGGCAAAGACGUGUCGGAGAGCGGUCUUGUUGCACCCUAUCAAACGUGUGCGUGAUACGGGUGCGCUGACCAUUGAGGACUGAUGAGUUGUGAUAUGGACAUCCACGGUAGGGUUGACUAC